GGAAUCUCCCCCACCCUGGCUGUUUUGUUACCAUGGAUGCAGCUUUACAACGGCAAGACAUUGCACGUGACAUUCUGUGUAACGUCACAAACACCCUACCGCUGUCAGACGCGUUCGUUUUUGAGACGUCACUUUGGGAAAGUACAGCUUUCGGUGCAUUAACUGUAUUUUUGUUUGCUUAAACAGGAUAAAAUUAUAACUUUACACGAUAGCGCAACGAAAAUCAUCGCUUUAUAGAAAUGAAUAGAUAUACAUGGGACAUAGAAAACACGGAGAGAAGGACAAACACUCUUUUCCAAAUUAAUGAGAUUCUUCGAGUUACAGAGGACUUAGAAUAUCGGAUCCGUGCCCGGAUUUUCAAUGAUCACUUGGAAUGCAGGGUGGCUGUUGGAAACGUGACAGCCUUCAGAGAAACACCCAGGGUCAGCCUGCCUCCAAUUGGUGAAAUUUUUGGGGAGGUGCAGCCGCAGCGGGAAUUGAGCUUGGCAUCUUCAUUGAGCUCUGAUGGAAGUUCAAUAACACCUCGAGACAGUCGCACUCCCGAGGAGCUCAGGGCUAUCCCAUUAGUUAAGACACCCUCUCCUCCUCCACCAUUUGCUCCAUGUCCUCCAUCAUCUUCUCGACCUCACAGAUGUCAGAUUCCAGUGAGGCCAAAAAACUACAGAGAAACAUACAAAGAAGUUGCUGGUGUGAGGCUGGUGACAGCCCAACAUGCGGUUAGGGUAUUGGACCAAUCAAUUAAAAAAAUUGUAGAUGCCUACCUGCCCCAAACCCUUGCAGCUCGUCGGAGGCUAAUUCCUUCCCGAGCUCCAGUUCCGGCCCCCCCUCGAGUUCCAGCUCCACGAGCUGGAAGAGGGGCUGGGGCUCGAGCAAGGGUUGUAGCUCUGACCCCUGCUCGAGCUCCAGCUCCUCCUGGAGCUCCAGUUCCGGCACCCCGUCGAGUUCCAGCUCCACGAGCUGGAAGAGGAGCUGGGGCUCGAGCAAGGGUUGUAGCUCUGACCCCUGCUCAAGCUCCAGCUCCUCCUGGAGCUCCAGUUCCGGCACCCCGUCGAGUUCCAGCGCCUCAAACUGGAGGAGGAGAUGGGGCUCGAGCAAGGGUUGUAGCUCUGACCCCUGCUCGAGCUUCAGCUCCUCCUGGAGCUCCAGUUCCGGCACCCCGUCGAGUUCCAGCGCCUCAAACUGGAGGAGGAGCUGGGGCUCGAGCAAGGGUUGUAGCUCUGACCCCUGCUCGAGCUCCAGCUCCUCCUGGAGCUCCAGUUCCGGCCCCCCCUCGAGUUCCAGCGCCUCAAACUGGAGGAGGAGCUGGAGUUCGAGCAGGGGCUGUAGCUCCAGCUCCUCCAGCUCCUCCUCAAACUCCAGCUCCAGAACAAAGGAAACCUCGAAGGGUUGUUAGACACCCUCCAGAGGUGGACUUUAAAGGGCUUAUCGUGGGGUACCUCCGGUCAACUGAAAAAAAGUUAGGGGAGGAGCUACAGCCAGUCUCGAAUCCUUCAGAGACUCUCUGUCUGAGCCUCAGCCUGCUGAGUCAGGACGACUGGCAGAAAAAGAUAGAGGGGCUGCAAUACAUCCACACCCUGUUUGCUUGGCGGUGA